AUGCUGACAUUUGGAUUCAUUUUACUCCUUUGUCCUGAUUGUCUUGUUAAAACUCAAGCAGACCAGUUUCAUCAAGAUAACAAGAUAGUUUUUGUCAAGGAAAGAGACAAUGUCACAAUUACUUGUCUUUACCAGAGUGAUAUGGCCAUGCAUUUUUCAUGGUACAGACAUAAAGUUGGUCAAAAGCCUGAACUAAUUUCAAGCACCUAUAAAUAUGAAACAAACAUCAUUCUCUAUCGUGAAUUUAAGGAUAAUGUACAGCUCUCAGAUUCUGCUACAUACUACUGUGGUAGUGCUCAUUCCAACAUAGUGGAGUUUGGGCAAGGAACAGAGCUGAUAAUAAAAGCUUCACAGUCCCAGAGCAUAUCUCUUCUUCAGCAACCCGUGUUAGAUCCAGUUCAUCCAGGAGACAAUGUGACUCUGCAGUGUACAGUAGUCGCAGAGAGCUGUGCAGGAGAACACAGUGUGUUCUGGAUCAGACAUGGUUCAGGAGAAUCUCAUCCAGGAAUAAUUUACACUGAUGGAGACAGCAGUGGUCAGUGUAGGAACAGAUCUGAUGCUGGAUCUUCUACACAGAGCUGUAUCUACAGUCUCCCCAAGAGGAACCUCAGCACCUCUGAUGCUGGAACUUACUACUGUGCUGUAGCUACUUGUGGAGUAAUACACUUUGGAAAUGGAACUACACUGAAUUUAAACAAUAAAGGGGUUGAAUGCUCCGAACAUUCUCAGAAAAUGAUUUUGUACUUUUACCUUCUGCUUUUCACAUCAAUCUAUCAGUCAUACAGUGAAGAUGAGGUUUGGCAGGAAUCACUGAAAUCUGCUGUAGUCGGAGACAACAUCACCCUCAGUUGUGUAACUUCUAAACAGAGAAAAACCAGUAUGAUGUGGCUCAAACAAACAUUUGGAGAAAGGCCUCUUGUUAUUGCUACAUCAUAUCAGUCCCAAACUGCAAGAUUUCAAAAUGGUUUUGAUGAGACUGGUCGCUUUUUUACUGAUACUGCAGAUAACAGUUUUAAUCUGAGCCUCUCAAACACAGAGCUGUCAGACUCAGCCACAUAUUAUUGUGCUGUCACAAUUUUUUAUGAAAUAUCAUUUGGGGAAGGCACUGUUCUAUUUGUGAAAGAUCAACUUGUGAAAAGCACCAGCAUUCGCCAGGACAAAAACCUUCUUUCCGUUCACCCGGGAGACAAUGUGACUCUGCAGUGUACAGUAGUCGCUGAGAGCUGUGCAGGAGAACACAGUGUGUUCUGGAUCAGACAUGGUUCAGGAGAAUCUCAUCCAGGAAUCAUUUACACUGAUGGAGACAGCAGUGAUCAGUGUAAGAACAGAUCGGUAGCUGGAUCUUCUACACAGAGGUGUAUCUACAGUCUCCCCAAGAGGAACCUCAGCACCUCUGAUGCUGGAACUUACUACUGUGCUGUAGCUACUUGUGGAGAGAUUCUGUUUGGAAAUGGAACUAAGCUAGAUAUCAAAGGUGAAGAUUUUCAAUUAAAGCUGUUGGUUCUUCUCUCCAUUGUAAGAGCAGUUGUUCUUCUCUUUCUUGUCACUGCUUUUCUCAUCUAUUCAUAUGUGCAUAAAUAA